CUCUCUCUUUUUUUUUUUUCCUUUACUUUAUCAAACUUCAAUAUAAUGGCAAAUCUUGAUAUCAAGAUAAAGUUGGCUAAUUCCAUUGCUACUGUAUUACUUUUGGGUAUCUCUCAAUAUGGAGUAUUUGCUUUAACUAUGAAAAAUGAAAUAGAGAUAUAUGGUUGGGUUUAUCUUUUGUAUGCUCUUCUUCACUUUUUAUUGAUUGGUAUGACUAUUUAUCAAUAUCUUCCAGCUGCUCCAAAAGAUGUUUUUGAUACUAUUGGAUAUUGGUAUCUUUUGAUUGCUCUUUUGAACUCUGGUAUUGCUAUUUUCCAGUACUUUCAUUUGAAUUGGUUUGGUUUUGUUGGACUUCUUUGGCAACUGGCAACAUUGAUCUUUAUAUACCAUCGUCUUCGUAAUUAUCCUCCAAGAAACAAGACUGAUCAUACCUUGAUAAAUGCACCUUUCUCCAUACUUACUGCGAUUACCUUAUCUGAUACCUUACAUACACUUUUCCGAUCGUUUGAUCAAACAAAACACAGCGAAGUGGCACAAACUAUUUUGACAAUUAUCUUAGGUUUUGUUGCUCUUCAUUUAGUGGAUUAUUCACAUCGAAAGGAUUGGGUUUAUGCUUCAAGUACUGCUUGGUUACUUGGUUUCGCUUCUGCUGGUACCUCAGAAACUACUCAUACUGUAUCAUUGGUUGUUGUGGGUAUUCUUAUUAGUGCUGUGGCUCGUACCUUGAUUCCUAAUUGGUUGGAGCGUAUUAAUCGACGAUUUGGUCGUUGGUCUCGAAGAUUGGGCGAACGUACUCCUUUACUUUCUGGUCAUUGAUUUUUGGAAGUCCUAUUCUCUCUCUUUUUUUUUUUUUUUUUCUCACGGGAAAUAAUAAAGCA